AUGUCAGACCGUAUAUUGAGCAAGUUUUCCAGCUGGAAGAAGUACAAGAAUCGUGGUAAUCGUGGUGGACCUGUGCGACGUGCCUCGAUUAGAAGGGUGGAUUACACUAGCGUUCAAGAAUUGCGAAGUCACAAGUUUAUAUUCCACCGAGGGUUUACCAGUAGAAGGGACUCGUUGAAAAGAGCACGUAAAUUCAGCAAUAAGAAUGAGUUGCAAUCAAUUAUGAGAUAUAUCAAUCUUUCACAGAUGAAUAUCAAAGAAAUCGUGACGGCACCGUUGAUGACCAUUUUCCAGCCAUUGCACAACAACAGUGUCGUGGUUCCCAGGAGAACCGUUCGAACCUCCGUGUACAAAAGACGGUCCAUCAGAAGAGCUGCCACGCUUCCAGCAUCGUUGCGUUCCAACCACAGCCGUUACAGCAGCAAUAAACGCAUCAAAUUGCUUCGCCUCUGGAAGGAAUAUCUCCUGCUGGUCAUCCUACAAAGAGUGCAUCUGAGAAUCAAUCUCCUCACAUAA